AUGACAUCCUUCUACGUGCCCUCGGGCCAACAACGGUCGCUCCGCGCCUGCAUGGUCUGCUCCAUCGUCCAAGUGCACAGCAAAUUUAUGCGCGAAGGCUGCCCCAACUGCGACCACAUUCUCGGUCUAGCAGGCAAUGGCGAGAAGAUCCAGCAAUGCACGUCACAGGUGUUCGAAGGACUGAUAACGCUGGCAGACCAGCGCGCAUCGUGGGUGGCGCGAUGGCAGCGGUUGGAUGGGUAUGUGCCUGGCACGUAUGCGGUUAAGGUUACUGGCACGGUGAGUGGAGUGUAUAGAAUUUCUCUUUGGUGGUGGAUGGGGAAGUGUUUGUUUGGUUGGCCAUAUAUGGUGGGCGAGGGAGUUAUGGGAACGGGAAGGGAGGGAGGAUGCGAUUGA